AUGUUGUCGUCGGCGCAGCAGCUCCUCGUGAUGGAAAAGGCGAAGAACUACAUCUCCGAGAAAGUCGCCAACAUGAAGAAACCCGAAGCCGCCGUGACCACCGUGGACCUGAAGAGCGUCCACCGCGACCACAUCGAGUACGCCGCGAAAGUCGCCGUCGACAACCCGUACCCGACCCCGCUGCCCAUCUGCGACAUCACCUACGUCCUCAAGAGCGACGGCCGGGUCAUCGCCCACGGCGCCAUCCCGGACCCCGGUUCGAUCAAGGCCAGCGGUCAGACCCUGCUGGAGGUCCCCGUGAAAGUCCCGCACUCCAUCCUCGUCAGCCUGGUCAAGGACAUCGGCCGCGACUGGGAUAUUGACUACGAGCUGGAGCUUGGGCUGGUGAUCGAUCUCCCCGUGUUUGGCAACUUCACCAUUCCGCUGUCCAGCAAGGGCGAGGUCAAGCUCCCCACCUUGUCCGACGUCUUCUCGUCCAAAAAAUGA